UUCAGUAGGAACACUUGACCCUGAUCUCUGCACCAAGCGGGAUCCUGGCCACAGGCAGGCCUGAGCCAAAGUGAAAGAUGCUCACCAUCGACACAGGAUGACCAGGAGGUGAAGCUGCUCUCUUGUGGGCAGCCACCAACCCUGCCACUACCCUUUCCUGGCAGAUGCUGUCACUAUAGCUGCAUUCAAGUAUUCAAGCCUGCAUUGAGGACGGAUGGUGCAGGGCUCUGUACCUAUUCAAAGUGAUUUUGACCAGCUUCCAGAUGAAGUGCCUGUUGCAGCAAACAUUGCAGACAUUGAAGAGAAGAGAGGUUUUUCCAGUUACUAUAUGUUUGUCAUUGAGGUGAAGACAAAAGGAGGGGGCAGGUACCUGAUCUGCCGUCGCUAUCGCCAGUUUUUUGCCCUCCAUGCCAAGCUAGAGGAGAAAUAUGGGGCAGAGAGCAAAAAAGGCAGCCUUAGCUGCACUCUUCCCAUACUGCCAGGAAAAGUUUAUGUUGGAGCAAAAAGGGAGAUUGCAGAGAGCAGGAUCCCCAUUCUCAAUGCCUACAUGAAGAAGCUUCUCAGCCUGCCCAUCUGGGUGGUGUUGGGUGAAGAGGUACGGCUGUUUUUCUACCAGUCAACCUUUGACUGUGAACAGAUGCCUCAGAGGCUGCGAAGACUCCGCCCGCGCACUCGCAGAGUCAAAAGCAUUUUACCACAAGUGCCUACCUUCGACCGCAUGGCUGCCCCACGGGCUGAGGCACUGUUUGAUUUCUCGGCAACCAAUACAUUGGAGCUGAAUUUUAAGAAGGGUGAUUUGAUCUAUCUUCUCAGCAGGAUCAACAAAGACUGGCUGGAGGGAACUGUUUAUGAUGCCACUGGAAUUUUCCCAUGUGCUUUUGUGAAGGUCAUUAAAGACUUACCAGAAGAAGAAAAUACUAUGAAUCGUCUGCGCUGUUAUUACCAUGACAGCAUUGUUAGCAUCAUCAGGAACAUAGCAGUGGAAGAGGAUCUGAGCAGCAUCCCACCGUUCCAAGACCUCAUGGAAUUAAUGAGGCGGGAAUUUGAUCACGAAGAUAUUGUUCUGAAUUACCAGGACUUUGACGGUGACAUGAUUCGGCUGCUUUCUGACCAGGAUGUUGAACUCAUGGUGUAUCAGAACAGAAACAGGCCCUCUGAGAAGCAUGUGUUCCCCUGGAAGUUACACAUCACCAACAAGGAUGACUUCAGUGUCUACAACACCAGUCCUGGAAGUGGUGCUGUUCAGGAACCAGGAAUUAAUAUGCCAUGAUUGCCAGGGAGUGGUACCUCACAGAUGGCUGUACCCCUUCCCUUUAUCUAGUCUGUAGAACUUCAUAUUCUCCUCUCUAAAACCAUAUAAAAUAAAAAUGCUCCCCCAGCAGCUCUGUCUGAGGUGAGAUGCUGGUGAUUCAGAAACAACAUACGUGGAGAGAGAACUUUUGUAUUGUAGAGCAGCUGCCUCUUCCCCUCUCUCUACAUGCAUCAUCUCAGAUUGUUGGACUUGUAUAUACCUACACUAAAUGCAGAGGAAAUUUGGGGUAAGCAGUUAGGUAGCCUUCAGGCAUCCAUCUUACUUGGAAAGAAAGUGGAUUAAGGUGUUUCCUGUAUGGAAUGAAAAAAAAGUAAUGCAUAAUAAUAGAGUGCCUUUCAGCAGAGGAUUUGUAUUUAACUAGCUCAUUUGGUCUCCCAGCAUUCCUAUUUAGCUGUAUUUAAAGAUGGGGAAACUGAGGCUCAGAACAGUGAAAUUGCUUGCUGAUGAUCAUGAAACAAGCUGGUAUCAGAGCUACAAAUAGAACUUAGUGGUCCUAACUCCCAGGUUCCUGCUCUAAUGAUCUGAGCUUUGCUUCCUAGACAGUUAUUUCCCCCUCAAAUGCUUUCUGUUCAUCUUUAACAUGAUAGGAUGAAUGUCUUGUUGCUGGUUUUUCUAGAUGGAGCUGUUAUUUCUGUGGGCAGGAGUUACAUUGGGAAACCAGUUUCUUUGGAAGCACUGAAGAAACAUAUUGCUGCUUCAUGGUUUGCUUUUCGAUUCCCUUGAAUAAAAUAAAAUAAAAAAUUCAAGGUU